CGUCCAGUCCCACCGCGCCAGCCAGUGGAGCCCCGUGCCUCAAUUUCCUCCAGAGCCGAGUUCGGGUUCCCCGUAGUUUUCGAUAAUGGGGAGCAGGAUGAAUCCGAUUUGCAGUCCUAGGGGGGGACCCAGGUGUGCGGACCUGCCUAAGUCCCUUCUAGGGGUGUAAAUGGAGGAAAGUAUAUGUCAGGGGUGCGGUGCCAGAGAGCUGACCUGCGCCGACCCACUAGGGUCGAGGGAGGUGGGUCCCGUGCAGGUUGUUGGAAAAGGCCAUAGCACAGUGUGGUUGCAGAGAGAUUUGACCGAACAAAGCUGCUGAUUCAUCAGGUGUCUGUGUCAGCAUCUUCCCGUGUGUUGGGGCCUGUUGGGAGAACAGGAGGAAAAGAGGACUAGGUAGGUGGGGAGGGAGGAAGGAGAGCUAAAGACCACCCUCCCCAAGCCAAAUAUGCUCCCGGUGCGAAGCUGGUGCCAGAGCCUAGAGCCAAAAGACUUGCUGACUCAUCAGCAUGAGGUCACUGGAGGCUCAUCCUCAUGCCUGAGGGGAUUUGAAGGAGUCGGUGACAGCCAAACUGGGGAAAUGUGGAGGGAAAAAAUUGAAACUGGAGUAAAGGCAGCCUAAGGGUGUUGUUUUUGUGGACCAAGCUAUGUAAGUUUUAGUUGGCAUCAACAAAUGCUAGUGCUGGAAAGACAUCAUUUAAUCCAACCCCUAAAUUGAGAAAAUCAAGGCUGUUUCCUGGGCAGAGUGAGGAAGGUUAGAAUGUGUCAAGUUAAAAGUUCCCUCAUAGAUUAAUAUACCAAAUUCUAGAGCCUUGAGUUCAUAUACUUUCACCCCAACAGAUAAUUGGGGCACAGCCUUUUCUCAUCCUUUUUUUUUUAGUUGUCACAACUAGUCCCAGGUCAAGGAUAUUUCCUGAACUCUUCAGUAGUUCAGGGACACAUCUGAAAGAAGGUGGCAGGGGACCUUGGCCACAUGACUGGUGAGCAGGGUGACUGUGAAGGAAGGAGUGGGGAGAAGACGGUAUAUGGAGACCGAGAGUUGAAAAGUAGUAAUAGUGGGCUCUGAGGGAGAGCAAAGAUGAGAAAACUGAUAUUCUGGGAACAAAUGAAGAAAGCAGCACAACUUGCCAGGAAGGUUGUGUGUGUUUAGGGUGGGCAAGGUUUUGGUCUAUAGUUAGUGAAUUGAGACCUGGAUUGAAGAAAGUGAGUGGUCUAGAAUAUGCUUAUGCUACAGCAAAGAGCUAUGUGACUAGGAGCAAGAAGGUCACAGAGGCCAUGAACUAUGUGAGGGAGUACUUCCCCAUGGGAUUGUGAGGCCAAUAUUUGUAGAACAGGGGGGCAAGAGAAAGGUGCUCACUUCUUUAGAGGCAAUUAUUCAAUUAUUUGGGGCAUCGAGUAUUUCUUCUUAAAGAUGUAUGUGAAUAUUUCCUGGAUGUGGAUGGGUUGAUAGUGGAAACACACACUGACCUAGGUGUCUGGCCAGAGUUCACCAAGAAGACCUUUUCUUUCCUCCCCUCUCUCACUUUUCCCUACUGCAAAUCACUGACAAUCUGCCCCCAGAAAUUUAGUGCUUUGGCUCAAGGCAUUUUCCUUCUGUUAAAAUACAUAUAUCUUUAUUAAAGUCAUUUCAACUUUAGUUCAGUGUAAGUAGUUAAUUUACUUCCCUGAACUUAGUUUUUGACCAGGGAAAGAAAGCCCUUGGGGAUACCAGGAAACUUGUAGGGUACAGAUGGCACAGAGGAAGAGGUAGGAGUGGAUUUAGAAGGUGUACAAAUGUAGGAGGCUGGUGGUGCUGAAGUUUUCAGAAACUUUUGUUGGUCAUACUGGUCACAUGGUUUUGGAAAUUAAGGGGGAAUUAGAUCUUUUUUUUUUUUAAACCCUUACCUUCCGUCUUGGAGUCAAUACUGUGUAUUGGCUCCAAGGCAGAAGAGUGGUAAAGGCUAGGCAAUGGGGGUCAAGUGACUUGCCCAGGGUCACACGGCUGGGAAGUGUCUGAGGACAGAUUUGAACCUAGGACUUCCCAUCUCUAGGCCUGAUUCUCAAUCCACUGAGCUACCCAUCUGCCCCCUGGGAAUUAGAUCUUGUCCAAGGCUUUGACCUUUUAAUUGGUGAACAAAGAAAGGUCCAUCAGUUGUCUGACCUGAUUUCAGCUGGAUCCCACUGGCUAGGAGAGGCAGUUGAUGUUGAUAGGGACUCCAUUAGCUUUUGGAUCCUUUCUUUUCUUUGAAUAGUAUUUUAGACAAAGUAGAUGUAUUCUUUACUUGAAUUUGUUGGAACAAAUGUGAGUCAGGAGAAUCAGGGUUGGGAGUUUGGCCCUCUUUGGAACUGUGGCUUAUAGUUAAAAUUUGACCCAACUGAUUGAAAGGGAUGGGGCAGAACUCCAGAAUGAACAAUCUUAAAAGAUCCUGAUGAAGAUAUAACAUCUCUCCUUGCCCUUUCAGGAAGGAAGUUUUUGAUCUGUCAUAUGAGAGUAUAAGAGGAGAGUAACUGUUGUGGCUCCCAGGUUAUGACGACCCCCAGUAAAGGAAAUAAGGCCUUGAAGGUGAAGAGGGAGCCAGGUGAGAAUGGCACCAGCCUGACAGAUGAGGAGCUGGUUACGAUGUCUGUACGAGAGCUGAACCAGCACCUUCGAGGCCUUUCUAAGGAGGAAAUCAUUCAGCUGAAGCAACGUCGUCGCACACUUAAAAACCGAGGCUAUGCUGCCAGCUGCCGAGUGAAGAGGGUCACCCAGAAAGAAGAGCUAGAGAAACAAAAGGCAGAGCUCCAGCAAGAGGUAGAAAAGCUAGCCUCCGAGAAUGCCAGUAUGAAGCUGGAGCUGGAUGCCCUCCGCUCCAAGUACGAGGCACUGCAGAACUUUGCGAGGACCGUGGCCCGAAGCCCUGUGACCCCAGCCCGGGGCCCCAUCACUGCCAGCAUGGGGCCCCUUGUCCCUGGCAAGGUGGCUGCCACCAGUGUCAUCACAAUAGUGAAGUCGAAAACGGACGCGAGGUCGUAGUGACACGUGUGUGUGUGCUCCCCAGCUGCGGCAGCGGGUAUAUGUGGGGUGGUUAGGCACAAGGCAAUUUCAACAGCCCUGUCCCCACCUCUCUUCUUUCUUCUCUUCUCCCACCUCUUCCCUGCAAAGCACAACCUCCCACCCCGGGGGUGCCGGGCUGAACCCCCCUUUGAUUUCAUCAUUAUCGUCAUGUGUCUUGUGCGUUGGGAUUGGUCGGUGCGGCGGUGACAUGGGGUGGCCCCCUUUCUUCCUCUGGGUACCAAGGCCAUGUGGACAUGGAGUCCCAGUGUGCCCCUCUGGGCAUAGAAAGAGUGUGCUAGGACACCUUUGUAUCUGGGGAGGGGAGGUUCCAGUUUGGGAGGAUGGGACCUGUCUAUUCUUGAGCCCCAGGUUGCCUCCCAGACCUCAGAAUGCUGUCCUCACUACCCCUAUUGUCAGGAGCUAGGAUGCCACCUUGGGAACUGUUCUGUCAGGAAUGGUUUGUUAAAGACAAACCCAAGUUAAAUAGCUCAGCCUUGUGGAAACAGAUGGGCCUUGUUCUAAUGGGGAAAGUGCAGAAUGUCUUAGUUUGACAGGGAGAGUGAAGUGGUGCUUCCCUAGUUGGUGGGGAGAGGUCCUGAGGGGGAGGAUGGAGUGUCAUAUGGUGGCUGUGAGCCAAUAGCCACAGCUUUUGUGCCUGACACGUUGCACUGAACAAGACCAAAAUCACUAGUUGUGAACGUAUUUGAAAGGUGUGUACAGUGUGUCUUAGCAAUGGGUCCUGUGUCACUGUUUACACAACCUAUUUGUGUGGUUAAAUGGUCCUUUAUUUAAAAGAGAAAAGUUCCUUUGAAGAAGCUAUUAAAUUAUAUAAAUUUAAAGACUAAAGAAGAAGAAGCUGCAGAGUAUUUAUAAAACUGUCUUUUUAAAAACAGAAUAGGAGUAUUUGACCAUAGAAAUGGAAAACGUUAAAAAAAAAAGUAUCCUAGAAACUUUGUUAGUUUAAAAAAGAGAGAGAGGAACUUGGGGGGGGGGGGGAUCCUUUGUUGUAAAUCCUUUCUUUGGACAAUUCUCUGUGGCUGUUGGAGUUUAGUUUUUAUAAACACAGAGUUAUCAGACAUUAUUUAUAAAACUUAGUUUAAAAAAAAAGACAAAAAAAACCUAACCACAAAACCGACCAGAAGGCGAGUCCUAACGUUCUUUGAUAUCUCUUUUGCAAUUGUACCAAAAGUGACUUACUCUUUUGCCCUUUCUGCUUCCGUCUCUUUGCCGGUGGCCGUGGUGUCGUCCGUGCCUGGUGAGGUCUUGUGCGGCGGUAGCGUGCUGGUGCUUCUGGUGACCUUUGACAUGUGGGUGUCACUCUUGUGUCUGUUCUUCCCGUGUUUGUUUUUUGGAUUUGUUUUUGCUUUUGCUUUUUUCUGGAUUCCCAGCACUGGCUAUCCAGAGCCUCUAGUUGUAGUAGUUAUAUGGAGGAUACAGGAUCUGUGCUUACCCAGUCUCUCUUUUCUGCCUGUUUCCCUUUCUAAUCCAUUCUGAGUCCCCUGUUGGCAGAACACCAAAGGCCAGAAUAAACACUCUCUAGGGCUGGCAAGGAUUUGACUUUGGCUUUGGAUGGGAUGUAUCAUGUUGAUGAGAUGUAGGGCUGGACCAUUCUCAUCACUCAUGAAUAGAUACCUUGGCUUUUUUCCUUUGUGCUCUGAUGGCCCAUGGCAGAAGAAGUGACAUUCAGGGACUGUCUGCACAGACAUCCUUACAGCUUCCACAUUCUCCUCCCUAUAUCCUGGGGUGGUAGACUUUCAGGGACCAAGGAGUUGCCAUAGGUAUAAAUUUGGGGUAUUCCUCGCUAUCUUCCUCGUUAUCUCCCUGACAUGAUGCAAGCUCUAAUUGGUAUCCAGUCUGGCUACUACUUUAUUCCUCGACUUCAGAUGAAGAAGCUAGACAUGAAGCUUCAGGCUGAAAUCCUGUAGCCAAAACUUGAAUCUGGAGCAGGAAGUCAUCCCAUAGUUAUCUCCAAACAGGAUCAGUGAUGGUAAAUUACCCUCAGGGGAAUUUGUACAUACUCCCUCUGGGGUAUAUGAAAUAACACAUUUCUUCACCUCUGCCUCAGUUGUUAUUCUGCCUUCUAAGUUUCACUUGAUGCCAAACAGUUUUUAGUGCUCUGUCUAGUUCCUUUUUCCAUCUACUUCCCCCAACCCAUGCCACCACCUUCAAACAUCUUGGCAGCUUUUGGACCUGAAUCCUCCUUCUUGCCCUUUUUUAGUCUUUGUGUCUUCCAGAGAUUAGCCACUCAGCUUUCAGAGAAUUCUCCCUCUUGGAAUUGAGCCAAAUAUUCUCUCUUGGCCUCACAGCAGAGGUAGCUGGUCCCCUCCAUCUUGGCUCAGCAAGCUCUUAUUAGUGAUUGGGAUAGGGGUCUGAGCAGUAACUCUGAGCAGUAACUGGAUUGCUCAUGAAUAUAAAUGCCCAUUUUGAAGGUGGGCCCUUAGCCAGAAUUCUGGCAAUAUGGGCAUUGUCCACCUCUUCCCAUUGGGUUGUUUUAGCACUUCAGACUAGCUGGACCCCCAGGUUCCCUCUGGAAUAUAUGGGGUUUGGGAAGAGCCAGUAAGAGAAAAAAAUGUAAAGCCUUCCGCCUAACUGGCAAUUUAAAGGGUGAAAGAUGGGUCUUGCUGAGGGCAUUAUAGCUAUAUAAAGGUGUGACUAGACUAUUCCUCUACAUAGAGGUAGGAUUGGGAUAGGGGCACCCCUACAGGGAGGGAAGGGUUGAAUUACCCUUCCUGACUAUGUUUACUUAGAAACUUGCACAUUGUAAGCUGGGCCAGGGAAAAAAUCACCAGCUUUGAUCCAAGUAACCUGUGAUAGUCUAUUUUCUUCCACACUAAUGAACAGCUCACAUUGGCUGUCAGCAGGGUCAAAGAAUAAGUUACCCAAAAGAGAGCUUUUAGAGUCUAGUGUAGACCUGACUUUGAGGGACAAGAGAGGGGAAAUCAGAGAUUUAGAUUUAGGAUAUCCAGCUCCCUUAUUUAGCAGAUGAGGAAACUGAGAUGAGAGAGGUUAAAUAACUUGCCCGUGGUCACACAGAUGGUAAGUUCCUGAGGCAGGAUUUAAACCUAGGUCUUACUGACUCUUGGUCCAGAUUUCCUUUCAUUAUAUCAUGCCAGGGCAGGGCAGGGACUGGCGCCCCCUCCCCUCUUUUUUUAAAUGCAAUUGCCAGUUUUGAAUAGUUCUCUGGGCCUCUCAGCUUGGGUACUGAAGCCCUUAUGGGGCUAGGAGAGAGAUGCAUGCAGAACCAGAGAGGGAAGUCUGCAAGAAUGUGGAUUUUUAAUCUUCAUUGAGGCAAGAAGAGGCUUCUUCUGCAUGUUAGAGCCCAAGCCAGAGUCCCUGUCUCCUGUCUAGUGCUGCUGUUUCUGGAAUUGUGACAUAUCAAGAUAUACAUGCUUCCUUUCUUUUGACAUGUUCAAGGGAGUGUUUUCCCCAGACUGAGGGGAGUUUGUCCAUUCCCAUCUCAGCCAGGCCUGAGGUGUCACCCUGUUUUCGUGGGUGUGCCUUGUCCUUCAUCUUGGUUUUUCUAGAAUAGAUACUGUGUCCAUGUGUGGGUGUUUUGUGUUUUCCUGGUCUUCAUUUGUUCAAGUUUCCUGCUGUGAGGGUGUUGUGUUCCUUUUCUUUUUCCUUUGAAUUUUCUUGACAACGAAUUGAGGGCUUCAGCUGGGGCCAUUCUUCCAAACUCAUCUGCAAAGUAAUACCGUGAUGUAUGUUUCUCCCAUCCUCCUACCCUGCUCUAAACCCCACUUAGCCCACCUCAGGGGGCUCACAGCAAGCCUCUAAAUUAAUUUGUGGGACAAAGAAUAGGUUUAUUCUUGAGUGAGGGACCCUGGCUGCAGAACAGAUACACUCCAAGGGCCACUGGCUGCUGCUAUUCCAGGGGAUGUGUUGCCAUUUGUGUAAGAACAUGACCUAUAUGUGUGGUGUGUGGUGCUUCCUGGAGUCUUAGAUUCUUCACAUUCCCCUUGUCUCCAAAUGUAUUGUCUUGACAGCUGUUUUUCAAUUUAGUUAUUACUAUUAUUAUUCAUGAUUCAGGAAUGCCCUUCAGUAGUUUGAGUUUUCCCAGUGCUUGGCUCUAUGGCUUUUGUUGGCCAUAGGCAGCUUUUGGAGGUAAGAUCAUUCUGGAUCACUCCUCUGUGGCAGCCAACAUUGGCCAAAGCUCCUUUUCCAUUGGCUGAGGAGCUUGAGGCCUCAGCCUGCAGGACUGUUUCCGCACUGGGACUUUUUGAGUUACUUUUUUAGACUGUGGUUUGUUAGAAGGAACUGACACAUUAACGAUUUUUCUCCCCAGAAGCCACUGAAUAAUAGUUUAUGGCUUUUUCUUCCUUUCCUGUCAGUUUCCAGUGGCAUGGGCAUAAGUACAUGGAACUUACUAAGGACAAAGCUGAGACUUUCACAGAGAUGGGUCCAGAGGAAAGCCCAUAGUGUGGGGGAAGGUUGGACUGGGUUGUACACUUGAGACUGCUUCUCCACUUGUCCCUUGCUUGUGUGCCUGUGUCUGAGUGUUUGCUUGUUUGUGUUUGCCAGUAUCUGAAUCCCGUUCUGUCUUUGCAGCAGCCACAGCCACCCAAAACUCCAGGUUCAGUUGGUUGAGAACUGGCGGGAAAGGAGAGAGAUAGGGUUUGUGAGUCGUCAAUUAAGCCUUUUCCCACGGUGGGUGCUUUCCAUCUUGGGUGCUGUGAGCCCUCUUUGGCACAUUAGAGGGGAUUUUGCCCCACCGUGCCAUCCCUUAACCCUCCUCCCCUCUGCUCUUAAGCCUUACCAAAUGGGAAGGAGGCUAGAGUAGAGUAGCAUCCUGAGCACUUCCAGCCGCCAGACAAAGGCUGUCCUUGGUGUGCCAUCUGCUGCUUCCUUGCUUUUGGCCAUGAGUGGGAUGGGGUUGAGGGGAAAGAAGGCAGCCUUGAGCAAGGGCUUCUCCCUGGGGCUGAAGCCACUAAGAGCGGGUAUAGGCGAGCCACCUUGGAAUUUGCUUUGGGUUUUUUUUUACAGAUUUGAAGUGAGCAAGGCUGGGGUCUGGGCAUGGGUAGGGGAGACCUGGGCACCAGAGUCGAUCUCUGGGUGCCUACUCCCCCAGCCCGGCUCAGUAUUUAUUGCUAAAUUAUUGUCCAGGCGGGGUGGCCCGGGGCCGGGCCCCCCCGGGUAUUUAUUGCUGUAUAUAGUGUAUGUUUGUGAUAUAUAAGGUUUUCUUUAUUUUGUAUAUGAUCAAUAAAAACCUUUUAAAGAGA